AUGGAGGGCUCAGCUAAUUUAGAGAUAGUAGUUGAUCCUAAAACAUCUUCUACAGGGCAGAGUUCGAUAGAGUUAGAGAGCGUUGGGAGUAUGGUCACCAGUAGCAGUUCCGGACAAGUUCAUGAUAAACUUGACGUACUUAAAUCUCCUCUAGUUGGCACUUUCGAAAGUACAAGUUGCCCAAAGAAGAAUCAAUUCUUCAUUCCAUCAUCGCCGCUGAAAAUCUCGUCAGAGGACGAGAUCCGGGACGCACACUGUUCCACCGAGUAUGACACUCGGCAGAAAUACAAAGCCCGGGUCGAAGAAGUGCGGAAGGCCUACAAUUUAUACUCCUGGGUGUUGGCCCUGAUAGUAUACCCCCUGGUGUUCCUGUUAGGCGCCCUAUUCUACUGGCUGACCUCGUCCGCUGCAGACGAGGACAUCGUUUUGCAGAAGGGCUAUAUGGCAUUCACAUACGUCUGUAUCGCCCAUGGGGGGACGGUCGUCUGCUUGCUGCUGCUCGUUGUAUUCUUCGUCAAGUACUGGAACGAGCCCGAAGUUCGGAGCCGCCACCACGGGUUUAUUGUCCACUACUGUGUGUGCGCCUUCCUGCUCGAGGUGUCUGUGCUGUGUACGGCUGCCUUGCUGCUGCAAAUUACCAGUCUCAAGGGGUUGAACGCCGACGGUAAGACACUCAAUGAAGUAUGGGUACAGACCGUAUUCGUCUCGCUAGUGUUCAUGAACUUCUGUGCUCUGAGCACGAUCGUUCCCAUCGUCGCACGUAUGCACUAUAUCUUCGAAUUGACCGGCAAUCGCAACAUCGAGCCGCGCUACUGGAAAGUGCCGGUAUUCUACUUAGUGCUGUAUGUGUGUACAUCAUUUACGUCGUUGAUGGCAUGUAGGUAUAUCAAGGAUGAUUGUACCACCGCUGAAACGUACUCAGGCACAAUCACGUUUCUGGUGGUGUGCAUCGUACACUACUACGUGUGCGCGUGGAGAGCGCGAUCGGCUCGAAAGAGCUUCAACGACUACUGGGGGAAUGUGCGCAUGUUCACGACCUUCACCAUCUUCGUAGGCUCAGUUGUAAGCUUUGGAAUGGUUGUAAAUCACCCCCUAAAUGUGAUUAUACUGUGGUUCUACGAGCCUCUGAUGAAAGUUUGGAUAUUCGGGCUCGAGCACUUCGCGUUUGUGGCCGUUCGUGUGCUUAGUAGGCAUUGGAAAGGCGUCGAAACACUCUCGAACAUCGAUAUGACCGGCGAUCACUACAGAGAAAUGGCAUAUACUGAAGGGGUAGUAGGUUUGCUAAAGAUCGAAGAGACGGCCGCGCUAUUCUUAGAAUUCUCGCGCAAAACAGUGCGCCAGGAGAGCAUUUUGUUUCUCGUAGCUGUGCUGAAAGGUCGGACCUGUCGCACCAAGGCAGAGCAAGAGGCGACCCGCAAGCACAUUCUAGAGACAUACAUAGCAACCCAAAGCGUGCAUCAGGUAAACAUCAGCCACCUGGAAAGGAAUACAAUCAUCGGACGGCUCAGCAAUAAGCAAUACACAGAGAGCGUCCCCAUGGAGGUUUUUGACGGUGCUUUCAGGGAGAUUACCCUGCUGGUGACUUCUAACUUGCUGGCCACUUUUCUGGCCAGUGAGGAGUAUCAGGCGUGGACGCAGAAAAUGGACCGGGAGGACAAAUUGGUGGCGUUGCUGAGGCAGAACCAGUUGCUGAAUGUGUGUUGA